UGCUAUGACAACGUCACUGCUCCUCCGUCCUCGUUGGGUCGACCCUUCGGUGAUGUUCCUCUAUGACAACGGCGUGGGUUCCGACGAAGCCAGCAAGAACAUGGAGGGCUUCCCCGGUGGCAACUUCGCCGCGAAUCAGUGCAGGAAUUUGAUGGCACAUCCCGCGUCUCUGGCACCAAGCGCCACGGCGGCUUACUCCACCGGGGACAGCUCUGGUGUGGGGGAGCCGGUGAAGCAGUGCAGCCCCUGUUCUGCUGCCCAGAAUUCAACUAGCGCUUCCCUGCCGUACGGGUAUUUUGGCUACCCGUGCAGGAUGUCGCAUCACAGCGGCAUUAAAUCAUGCGGAGCGCAGCCGCCCUCUGCGUAUGGAGAGAAAUACAUGGACACCGCUGCUUCAGGAGAGGAGUUUUCCUCUCGGGCAAAGGAAUUUGCUUUCUAUCCUACUUAUCCCUCAGGGCCAUACCAACCUGUCCCAAGUUACCUUGACGUUCCUGUGGUUCCUACUAUCAGCGCGCCGUCAGAAGCGAGACACGAGUCAAUUCUACCCAUGGAGAGCUACCAACCUUGGACUCUCGCCCCUAACGGCUGGAACAGCCAGGUUUACUGCGCCAAGGAGCAGCCUCAGCCGGGGCACAUGUGGAAAUCUUCCCUGCCAGAGGCAGUGUCCCACGCGCCAGGAGACAUCGGCUCGUUCCGACGCGGGAGAAAGAAGCGCGUGCCAUACACUAAGGUGCAACUGAAGGAGCUUGAGCGAGAAUAUGCCGCCAAUAAAUUCAUCACAAAGGACAAAAGGAGGCGGAUAUCUGCCCAGACCAACCUGUCCGAGCGACAGGUCACUAUAUGGUUUCAGAACAGACGCGUCAAAGAGAAGAAGAUUGUCAACAAACUGAAAACCAUCAGCUAGUUGAUUGUUAUUCUAUAUUGCUGUUAUCCUUAUUAUUAAUAAUAUUAUUAUUGUGGACAUAAUUUGGUGGAGAUGAGCAGGCCGGCGCGUGUUUGGACGCGUUGAUUUGGAUAAGGAGCUCAUUGCUGACUGAAACAUGAUUCAAAUUUAAUGUAGCCAUAUGAUUUCCAGGAGCCUCUGGAACAAACUUUACUGGGGCCUCUAAAGGCCGGACCAUUUUUUUCCUGCCACUUUUUAACUUUUUUAUUUUUUGGAGAGAAAGCUUGGGAAAAUAUACAAUAUAUCGCCUGCAUGUUUGACUUUUUCCAAUUUUAAUUUAGUUUAAUUUUUGCGCAUAUCUUGCGCCACCGAUCUACACCUCUGUCUUUCAGCAUGGACGAUAAAAAAGAAGAGCCACAUGAAAUCCUGCAGUUUUGGGGGCAUUUGUACCAUGGAAAUGUUAAAUAUUGAAAUACCCUGGCUUUCUGUUUAAGGAUUUUUUUUAUCUCGUGCUUUGCUUGUAUGAAGUCUAUAGUCUUACAAUAUGGAUCCGUGCUUUCAUUCAUAUGCAGUCCUUUGUGAAAUUGCCAUUGUAAUACCUAUGAAAAUCGUCCAGGAGAUGUGUGUACCAAUCAUAGCUCCUGUUAUAUGCGUGUGUGUCUUUAUGUGGUUGUACAUAAGUGUAAAAGUAAAUUCCAG